AUGAUAUCCAAGAUACAAUCCAAGCAUUCACCGAUGAUCCAAUCAUCUGACGCACGACAUAAAAGAAGCCCUGUUAUCGAAACAUUACCAAAAGUGCAGAAACGCGACUUGAAGGACUCGCCAUAUACACUUGUUGCCGCUAUGGACCUCGGUACAACCUAUUCUGGUUACGCUUUCUCCACUAAAUGUGACUAUAAAAAAUCCCCUUUGAACGUCAAUACAACUGUUUGGAAAGCAGGUUCGAGUGAAUUGGCCACUAUGAAAACGUCAACGUGUGUCCUAUUUAAGCCCGAUGAAAGUUUUGAUACGUUUGGAUUUGAAGCUGAAGACAAGUACGCUAGGUUGAUGGAUGAAGGGAAACAUCAUGAAUGGUUCUUCUUUCGGCGCUUUAAGAUGUCCCUUUAUGACCAGAAGGAUAUCUCGAGAUCGAUGAAACUCUAUGCUCAAAAUAGGAAACCAAUGUUAGCAAUGAAAGUGUUCACAGCAGCUAUCCAGUACAUGAAAGACCAUUUAUUAGAGACUUGUAAGGAAAAGAAGGUGGAGGUGUUUAUGGCAGAUGUCCGCUGGGUCCUCACCAUGCCUGCAAUAUGGAGUGACAGGUCAAAACAAUUUAUGAGGGAAUGUGCUCAACAAGCAGGCAUCCCAGGAUACCAAUUAGUUAUGUCGCUGGAAGCUGAAGCGGCUGCAUUGUGCUGUAAAUACCUGCCGAUAAAGGACCUAGAUGUGGGACAAAAAGGCGACAACAUUGCCGUCUUCAGUCCUGGUACAAGAUACAUGGUUGUGGAUGUAGGGGGAGGAACGGUCGACAUCACUGUCCACGAAGUACAAGAAGGCCUGAAACUAAAGGAAGUGUAUAUGGCCAACGGCGGAGACUGGGGAGGUACAAUGGUCGACAAGGAGUUUGAGGCAGUCCUUGCUGAAAUCCUUCAUGAAGAUGUAUUUGAAGCGUUCAAGCAAAAACACGAGGCUGAUUACUUGGAGUUACAACGAAUUUUUGAAUCAAAGAAGCGAUCGAUCUCUUCCGCAGCAUCAGAGGAGACUAAGAUAACCUUUACCUUACCGGUAAGUUUGCUGGAGACUUUUCAUGAUAUGAAUCCUGAUAUGAGUUUUGAAGAAAACGCAAUGUCAAAUAAAAAAUAUGCCAACAACAUUACAUGGAAAGUUGAUAAACUCCGAAUGAAGCAUUUCCUCGCCAAAGGCAUGUUCGCAGGAUCCAUUCAGAAGAUAAAGAGUCAUCUUGCGGAGCUACAGGAACAGCAGGAGGUGUCGGAGAUCAAAUCAAUCAUACUUGUUGGAGGGUUUGCCGAGUGUGCCCUUCUUCAAGAUGAGAUUUCUUCCACUUUUCCAGGCAAGAGGUUGAUCAUUCCGCACGAUUCUGGACUUGCUGUUCUGAAAGGUGCUGUCAUCAAUGGACAUGAGCUGGACGCCAUCACAGAACGGAUCAGCAGGUAUACAUAUGGAAUUGACACCUGCUAUCCAUGGGACCCUUCCAAACAUCCCUUUGAGUAUAUGUUUCUAAGCGAAACGGGUUUUUACUGUAGAAAUGUUUUCAGCAUUCAUGUGAAAAUAGGUGAACGUAUAAAUGUUGGUGAAGGUUGUGAAACAAAAUCCUAUAACGUUAUGACAGCAGAUCAAACAAAAGUACAUUUCAAUAUUUAUGUUUCACUUGAUAAAACUCCAAUGUAUGUCACGGAUGAGGGAUGCAAAUGUGUUGGAUCACUUGUCGUGCAAAUGCCCGACACUCGCAAGGGGUUAAACAGGGGUGUUGAUGUUGAACUGAAAUUUGGUGGUGCCGAGAUCGAAGUCAAGGCCUGGGAUAGAGACACAAAAGAGCACAAAUAUGCAUACUUUGAUUUUCUACAGUGA